AUGCACAUUCAUUAGCCCAAGGAUUACUACUAGAAAUGUAGACAAAAAAAAGCCCAACAAAGUGAAACGAAAUAAACAAUUUCCAUCAACCUCUGCAAAACCCUAAUCGUAUAUCAUUUCACACCCUUCGUCCUCACAGCCUCCUUCCCUCAUUUCUGUAUCACUUUUUCUUGAAGCCGCAAAACCUUCUCCUCAAAGAUGCCGCCAAAGCUCGAUCCAUCUCAGGUGGUGGACGUCUACGUCCGAGUAACUGGAGGAGAAGUCGGUGCUGCUUCCUCUCUCGCUCCUAAGAUCGGUCCAUUGGGUCUCUCUCCCAAGAAGAUCGGAGAAGACAUUGCUAAAGAAACUGCUAAGGAUUGGAAGGGUCUUCGUGUUACUGUCAAACUUACCGUCCAAAAUCGUCAAGCAAAGGUUACUGUUGUUCCUUCUGCUGCCGCUCUUGUCAUCAAGGCUUUGAAGGAGCCGGAACGUGACCGUAAGAAGACGAAGAACAUCAAACAUACUGGUAACAUCUCUUUAGAUGAUGUUAUUGAGAUUGCUAAGAUUAUGAGGCCUAGAUCUAUGGCUAAAGAAUUGAAGGGUUCUGUGAAGGAGAUUUUGGGUACUUGUGUUUCUGUUGGAUGUACUGUUGAUGGUAAGGAUCCUAAGGAUUUGCAGCAGGAGGUUACUGAUGGUGAGAUCGAGAUUCCUGAGAAUUAAAUUUUGUUUGCGCAUUUCCCUGCAGUUGAACCACGUUUUUGUGGGUUCUUUAUGUUUAAUUUUGGUUUUAAUUUUCUGUAAUGAGAUUAUGGGAAUUUUGUUCUAGGUUAUUUUGAGACAUAGUUUUGGUAAAUGCUUCAAUCGAUGACGAAUUACUUAGUUUCUAUCAAUCUAAUGUUUGCCCUUAAAAUGUUGUGAUUUUAUGUGAUGAUUUCGUGAGUUUUAUAUAGUA